AUGCAAAAUCCCACAGACGAAGUCGCACCAAACAGGAUGCUGUCGUUUACUCCAAAGCCGGUCCCUUCUUGGGAUAACCGUCCCGCCGUCUCAUCUCCACUAUCGUCCUCACCAGUGCGCGCCUCAUCACCUCGCUCUCCGGCCGAUGAGGAAACGCGAUGGCAGCCUCGCCAGGUCCAGUCGUCACCGAUCAGGCCUAACAAUUUCAAGUACCAAUCACGACCUGCGCGUCCGAAUCCCGUCAUGAAAAGAAGAGAGGAGCUCCAGGAGCAGAGGCGCAAGAGCUUCCUGCAGAAUGUCCGUCAAAAGGCCGAGGAAAGAUCCUGGCAAAGAAGAGACAUAGAGGGUCAAUUUCUGAAAACGAGCUGGCUAGCUAACGUCGGCCGCUUGUCUCAUGAUGCGCCUUCAUUCUCGGAUGCCGAUAUCGAGGAUGCCGCAACCUUUUCGCCUGAAAUGGCACAAUCACAGAUGGACGAAGACAUGAUCCCAGAAGAACUCAUGGAUGAAGAGCAAUUACUUACGUCUUACGAAGAGGAAGUAAUGGCCCAGCAGGGGUCCCGGCUUUCAACACUGGCCGAGGAGGAUGACGAGUAUGAUGACAUUUUUGCCGAACUCAUUUCACAAGAGCAAGAGCAACAACAAUCGCAGCAUCAAUCCUCACAACCUUUACAUCAGAUGGAAAUCGAUUAG